AAUCCUUUGUUCCCAACAAGGAUUUGAAGAAACUUUUGGACUUGCCAGUCCAUAAAACGAAAGCGCCUGUGCUUCUCAAUUUUAUUCCAACAUAUAAGUCAACUUUGCCCGACGUUCCCAAAAGGAAGAAGAAAAGCCUUUCUCCACCCUCUGCUACAACUCCAUUGACUGCAUCCACAUCACGAACAGAUCAAGGAUCAACAUCCGAUCUAACUGAUCAGCCAUCAACUUCGGCUCUAUACCUGGUCCCAAUAUCAGAACGAAAACGUUGGCGACGACUUGUCCUUACUGCCGAGAUGGGCCGCCCAAAACCAGUUGCAAAAGACCUCUUAGCCAGCAUUCCAUCAUCUGUUGAUGAUCAACCAGCACAAACCCAACCUCCACCGAAGCCGAAAAGAAUAAAGAAGGCUCAACCAAAGGCUAAGAUAGCUCAGGUUGAAUCUGAAGACACCUUGCCGAUCUCAAAGUUGGCUGAGAGUGAUAAAUCUCUGCCUUCUGCUGGGAAGAGGCGCUCUGAGUCUCAACUACCAGAAUCCCAAAACCCAAAAAAGCCGAGGUCUUCUUCUGCAACAACCUCGGGAUCAAAAAAACCUGAUGCCCCUGGGCCCCCUCAAUUACUCUGGAAGACAAGCCUGUUAUGGUAAGUGACAGUGCCGAGGAUAUUAAUGUCGGCGUUGCGCUCAGUACUGCUCUGCUGUUACCAGGCGAUUUGGAGCGAAACGCCCAGUACAGUGAGUAUGAGAAUUACGCUCUAAUGCUUCAGCACUCCGUUCAGGCCAUCCAGCAUGCCCACUCUUUCUCAAUGCAGUCUUUUGAGAAUCGGGAGAGGCUUGUCAAGAUGAAGAGGGAGUUCUCUUCCCUCCAAAAGACCAACAAAGGUCUUCAAUCAAAGAUGAUAAAACUGGAGGACCAAGUCGAGGCUGCAAUCAAAGCUCAGACCAAUGCCGAAGAGAAGGCUGAGGCUACUGAGGCUGCUGAGGCUAUCAGGAAAGUCGCUGUGUCUCAGAAGAGAGAAGCCGAGGAAAAAAUGGUCCAAGCCGAAAAGGUGCUUUAG